CGAGGGAGGGGAGAAGGCGGAGGCAGACAGCGGGAGCGGCGAGACGGAGAAUGUCCGCCGCUCCGCCGCCCGCCCGCCGUCGCCUUCGUGUCUCCAUGAAUUAGCGCUGCGGGGGGGGCGGGGGACCGGAGCGCGCGGCUCCGGCGGUACCGGCGCCCCAGGCAUGGCCAGUUCGUGCGCCGUCCAGGUGAAGCUGGAGCUGGGGCACCGAGCCCAAGUCAGGAAGAAACCCACUGUGGAGGGCUUCACUCACGACUGGAUGGUGUUUGUCAGAGGGCCCGAGCACAGCAACAUUCAGCACUUCGUAGAGAAAGUCGUCUUUCACCUGCAUGAGAGUUUCCCAAGACCGAAAAGAGUGUGCAAGGAUCCACCCUACAAAGUUGAAGAAUCUGGAUAUGCUGGUUUCAUUUUACCAAUUGAGGUUUACUUCAAAAACAAGGAAGAACCUAAGAAAGUUCGAUUUGAUUAUGACUUGUUCCUGCAUCUUGAAGGCCACCCACCUGUAAAUCACCUCCGCUGUGAAAAGCUCACGUUCAACAACCCGACAGAGGAAUUCAGAAGAAAGCUGCUUAAGGCAGGAGGGAUAAUGGUUACGACAGAUAGUACAUCCUUAUCUUCAGGACAGAGCCUUCAGCUCCCCUACCUUCCCAGUAACUCCCUGUCUUUUUCUGAAGCAAAGAAGAAAUCAUCUCAUGGGCCAAAGGACCCAGCUCGGAUUAUGAACACAAAUAGCAGCAGCAGUACCAACAGUAGGACUCACAAGUUAAUAAAAGACCACAAGGAAAAAACUUGUAAAGACUCAAAAGAACAUAAAAGUGCCUUCAAGGAACCUUCCAGGGAACACAACAAAUCUUCCAAAGAAUCUUCAAAGAAGCCCAAAGAAAACAAACCACUGAAAGAUGAUAAAAUAGCUCCUAAGAUGGCCUUCAAGGAACCAAAACCCACGUCCAGGGAGCCACAGUCUGUAAACAGCCUCAUUCUUACCAAAACAAGUGGGCAGCAGCAAGAAAAGAGAAGCUACACAAAAAACCACUCUGUUCUGGACUCUGAUGAGCCUUCUACAAAAAAAAAAAAAAAAAGUGGUUCGGAUAUGUUAUUUAAAAGUUUUUCUACCAUCCCACCACUGAUUCUUACUUGUUCAGCUGACAAAAAACAGACUAAAGGUAAAUCUCAGCUCAAGGUGGGGAGAAUCAAAGUUGAAAAUGAUGCACUGGAAAGGAAGAUGCAUACCUUGCCACCAUUUGCUGAUAUUGUAGAUCCAAAUGAUUCUGAUAAGGAGGAAAACAUCUCCUCCAAAUCUGAAUCUGAACAGCCCAGUCCUGACAGUUCCAGCUCCAGUUCCAGUUCCAGUUUUACGCCAUCUCAAAACAUCAGACAACAAGGUCCCUUGAGGUCUAUAAUGAAAGAUCUGCAUUCAGAUGAUAAUGAAGAGGAAUCAGAUGAAGCAGAUGAGAAUGACAAUGAUUCUGAGUUAGAACGACCUGUAAAUACGCGAGAAGGAAGCAGGAGUAGAAGAGUUAUCCUCAGUGAUGGCAGUGACAGUGACAGCAGUUCGGCUUCCUCACCACUACAUCAUGAACCAGCACCACCUUUACUGAAAACCACCAACACCCAGAUUUUAGAAGUGAAAAGUCCAAUAAAACAAAACAAAUCUGAUAAACAAAUAAAGAAUGGGGAUUGUGAUAAGGCAUAUCUUGAUGAACUAGUAGAGCUCCACAGAAGAUUAAUGACAUUGAGAGAGAGACAUGUACUACAGCAGAUAGUAAAUCUUAUAGAAGAAACUGGACACUUUCAUAUCACAAAUACAACCUUUGACUUUGAUCUUUGUUCACUGGACAAAAGCACAGUCCGUAAACUACAGAGUUAUCUGGAAACAUCUGGAACCUCCUGAGCAUUCAGCACCUGGUUGCAUUGAAAACUGUUCUUUAAAUGAAAAAUUCACAAUGAUGCAACCAAAACAGGGGGAAAAAACAAAAUAACUCUCCUCAGCUUUAUUUUUCUUUAAAGCCAAUCAUCAUCUCUUGAUAAGGGAGUAAAAGUGACAAGACUCAGAACUGUUCUUCUCAAGAAGAAAAUGCGCUGGAAGAGUUUGCCUGGAUAGCCUUGAAAAACAAAUACACAAAAACACACAGGAAUACUUGGUUAUAAUGAAUGUGUAUGCUAUCAUGCAUAUCUCACUGUGGUGUUCCAGCCCACAAGACGAAUGCAUGUUCAACACACUGCCUUAUUGCAUAACUGAUCUAUUUAUUAUUGCAUACAUGCAUUCUAAAGUCAGUGAGCCACUGAAUGACACUACCAGAUGUUGCAAAUAGUGGAGUCCCAUGUGCACUCUUUUGAUGCAGUACUAUCACAAGCCUAGUAACCUUACUGAUGUUAAAAUGCCAUUUAUUGCUGUCUUUAUUUAGUCACUUAAAACACUACUGUCUUGUUUCCAGUUCUGCAUUUCCAAAAAACAAGACACAAUGUUGGGGAUGGAGUAGUGGUCCUCUUAAUUUGUUUCCCGUCUGCCACGGGCUGGACCACAGCAGGUUGGACCGCAGGUUUAUCCAUUUAUUGAUCUUGACUACGGUAGAAAAUGCACCGAAUAGGAUCAUAUGACUUGCUGUCUAGCCUUAGUGAAUAAAACUUUAGGACUUCUAACAAAAAAUGUUAUGUAUACUGUUCUGAAUCCAGCAUCUUUUACAGUCUACAUUCUUGUGUCUGUUUUAAUGUUAUAAAAUUAAAUAUAUAUAUGACUGAAGGUGUUUUGCAGGAUUAUGGUAAAAGAAGAAUUACUGGUCCUGUCUUCUAAGGGGAUGUUGUAGAAAAUUCUUGAUUUGGAGCUAUUUAUUACUAUGAGUUUCAACACUCCUCUGUUACCAGUGUGCAACUCAUUUUACCAUGAAGCUGUUUGCAUAACAUUUUUCUUUGUUCCUUGAGUAUAUGGUCUGCUUAGUUUGUUUGGGGAUUUGAUUUCUAUUUUUUUUGUUGGGCCUUUAUACAACUGCUGAACU